GUCAGUGACAGAACAAUAAUACUUUAGAGUUCAGAAUAUUUACCGUUUUUUUCUGUUUAUUUGUAUUUUGUAAUAGAAAUUUUAAAGCAAGGUUUUUUUAAAAAUGAGAGAUGUUAAAAUUAUCGUAUACAAUAAUAUUGAGCUAUAAUGCACGGUGAAGGUUGAGUUAUUUGUGUACUUUUUUUAAUAUAUGUUUACAUCUAUUUAGAUGGCAAAUUACUUGUCAAUUUCCGAUAUUUUAGUAAGUAACGAGAAAGUGACCUGUAAAUUUUUACAUGAUUUGCCUAAGAUGGGAUAUCUAGAUCCGUCAUGCCCAGAAGAAGACUUAAAGGAAGGAACAACUACUGAUAUUCCCUUGUGGCUAGCAGAGUCUCUUUCAUCACGGCGACCACCACUUGUUUCUGUUGAUUUACCUAAAAUAUUCAAAGAAACUUAUAGAGAAAUCUUUAAUGCAGAUGCCUGUACUGUUGAUUUACACAAAUUAAAUCAACAUUUCUAUGAAUUGGGUUGCUAUGUUGCAAAAUAUGACAUUAAGGGUGAAGUUGCUAAGACACUUAUAAAUACUUUCCGUCAGCGCUUCCGAAUGAUUCUAUCUGCAAGUGUAUCAACAGAUUCCAUGACAGCAUUACAACCUUUGUCAGCAAGUGAGCGUGACCGAACCGCAACCGCAAUGAAUACUGAGAAGGCUUUAUCUGGUUGGCUUAAAAGAGGAGAUUGUCCUUUAACAACUGCCAAUAUGGUUGCUAACCAUAGAAAAAGAAAGAGGGCCGAAAUGGAAAUGUUAUGACAAAUUUAGUUUAAAUCUUUUUUAUGAAAGUAACAUGAAAGGGAAAGAUUUGCCAAAUAGUAAUUCUAGUUUGUAGCCAUGGCCAUUCACAUAUUAACCAAUAAACAAAGCUGUUGUAUAAUAAUAAUAUUCUCAACAAAUUCAAUUAGUUUUUGAAGGUUUAUUUUAUUGAUGAAUGAAUGGACUGAUAUCAUACAGGGUUGGUUACACUCUGCAUAAAAUAUAACUUAAAAUCUUAACUCUACCAUAAAAAAUAGAUUCAUGAAUAAAUAAUUAUGUAAUUAAAACAAUGAAUGUAUGUUUAUAUUUAAUUAAUUAAUAAAAAAUAAAUGAAG